ACUGUAACCUUGGAGGCGAUAUGAGUAAUGCGCUACGUUUAUCUAAUCUGGUCGUAAGAUGUUCGGACCCCACAGUCAAUUCCAGUGUGUUGAUCUGUCAUGGAUUACUGGGGUCUAAACAGAAUUGGAAAAGUGUUUCUCAUGCGUUAGCUCAAAAGAAGUGUGGAACUGUCGUGGCUGUUGAUUUACGCAAUCAUGGAAAUAGUCCACAUUCCGAUAGUAUGAGCUAUUUACAUAUGGCUAAGGACAUAUCAAACGUUGUAAAUGACCUUAAGCUUCAGCAGGUUUGCUUGUUGGGGCACAGUAUGGGUGGCAAAGCUGUAAUGUGUGCAUCCCUAAUGACGCCAGAAAAAUAUGAUAAAUUAGUAGUACUUGACAUUUCCCCUCUACCGAAACCUUCCGUACAAUCCCUUUACCCAAUCGUUGAUUUAUUGUCGUCUGUGAACCUCGAAGAAAUUGGACAGAAAUGUGGUGGCAAUUUAGCAGCUGUUCGGAGUUCACUGAUGGAAGAUUGGAAGGCAGCGGUUCCUGACUUCACAAUGCGUGCCUUUCUCCUUACAAAUCUCGAAGUUAAAGAUAGAAAAGUAUUUUGGAGAGUGAAUCUUAAUGCAAUUAAAAAUUGUUGGCAACAAAUAAAAAGCUUCCCUGAAAAAGAAUUGAAUGGUUGCGUGUUUGACCGGCCUACAUUGUUCCUUGCUGCAAGCAAGGGAGACUACUUAUCAGCUUCAGACGUACCUGCUAUACGUAAAUACUUCCCUCGAGCGCAAAUUCUUCAAAUAGCUAAUACUGGUCACUGGAUUCACUUUGAUGCUCCAAAUACAGUCAUCAGUUUGAUUACAUCUUUUAUUCAAAAGGAAUCAAUUGACAUAACUUCAUAUACAGAUGUUACGGAGCUCAAGUAGACCAAAAUGAAAAGUUCACAGAAUAAUACCAUUACUGUCAGAAAGAAUAACUAACUGCUGUGUUGAGAUCACCUUUAUUUUUCCCUUAUUUUUGUUGUUGUUUGUAUUGCAUACUUGUGCAGAAGCAAAAUCUAAAGUUUCACU